UCUUCGCUUAACACUUUUCUGUCGGCUAUUAAAUUCCACCCCUGCACCCUGCAUCUGCAUCUGCAUCUGCAUCUCUCUCCUUCCAACGAAAUCCCACGCAUUUCUCUCUCUCUCUCUCUCUCUCUAUCUCUCUCUCUCUCUCUCUCACACACACACACAUCACUGAUCUGACUCUCGAUCUGUUCGUUUCGCACCGACGCCUGAUCCGCAUUCCUCUGAAUUCCCAACAACAUGACGGAGGAGGAGGUGGUGAACGUGCGCGGCGGCGAAAUCUCCGAUUCCAGCGACGGCGAUCGGCACAAUAUCAAGGUUAAGUACUGCAAUGGCGGUGCUGCUCACGAGAACGGUAGUGUCGCUGGCGACGCGAUCGCCGGCGACGGGGCCGUCGUCUCCGGGAAUGGCGGCGGUGAUUCCGGUGCCUCGGAUCUCACCGUCGUGGUAGACGACAAGGUGGAAGGAAAGGCUCUUUGUGAGUCUGAUGUGGCGGUUUCUGAGGCUUCUGCUGUAGCUGAAUGCGAGUGCGAAGAAGCGGUUAAUAAGAAGGAGGAGAAUGAUUUGGAAGAGAAAACGGAAAUUAGUAAUGGAACAAUCCCUGUCGGUUGGGGCGGUCAAAAUGACGAGGGAUCUGCUGUCGUUUUGGAAGACAAUGCGAAGGAGGUUAACGAGACAAUAACUUGCGAUCAUGAAUUGGGUGUUCCAAACGGUGCGAAGAGCGAGAUUCGCGAUGGCAUUGAUGAAGUCAACGGUGCUGAUGUGAAUGGAAUUCAUCAAAACGGUGAGAUUCACGGCGACGAGAAAAAGGAAUCUGUGACCGUUGUAGAAGUAGAUCGUACUGAUGGGAACAAUGGUAGUGACAGCGAAUUGGAAAGUGUGGCUGUUGAAAACUGUGUGGUGAAUAAGGAAGUUUCAGUUACUAUGGAUGUGAAUGAGUUUGCUGAUAAAGAUGGUGAAAGCAAAUCAGCAGAGAAGGCGCAGCUGGAGGCUGUUGAUUCAGGUGGUGGAAUUGAGGAAGGUGGAGGGAGUGUGUUGGAAGGAACAAUUGAAUCUACCUCUGAUGCUGUUUCAGAUGAGAAGGCUGUUGCACAGGAAGUAACAGAUCGUGAAUCCACGAAUGUGGUUAACGGAGAUUAUCAAAAUGGUUCUGCAGAAACUGAGAAGGAUGAGAUUCCUAUUGGCAUUGAUGGAGUGCCUGUUUCUGUAGAUGUGAAGGAAUGCGCUGGUGAAGAUGCUCACAUCGGUUCGGAUGUGGAGAAGUCUGAGGCUGAAACCGUAACUGAUUCAAAUAAUGUGAAUAAGAGUGUUGCUGGAGGUGAUGUUCAAAACGGUUCAGCUGAGCAGGAAUUGAGCAAUGGGGUUCAUGUUGAAGGUGAGUCUGGCUGCAAAUUUGAGAAGCCUGAGGAGGAAUCAGGAGAAGAACUGGUUGACAAAAUAGAAGACUCAUCGGCCUUGAACAAUUCAAAUAUAUCUGGACAUGGUAUUAUUGUGCCUGAGGCGAAUGCCAAUGUGAUGGAAAGUGAAGCUGAACCUUCAAAGAUUGCAAUGGAGAGUGAUCCUGAGCCUUCAAAUCUUGUUGUUGAGAGAGAAGCCGAACCUUCAAAUGCUGCAGUUGAGAGUGAACCUUUGCCUUCAAUCAUUGCAGUUGAUCCUGAGCCUUCAAAGAUUGCAAUGGAGAGUGAUCCUGAGCCUUCAAAUCUUGUUGUUGAGAGAGAAGCCGAACCUUCAAGUGCUGCAGUUGAGAGUGAACCUGAGCCUUCAAUCAUUGCAGUUGAUCCUGAGCCUUCAAAGAUUGCAAUGGAGAGUGAUCCUGAGCCUUCAAAUCUUGUUGUUGAGAGAGAAGCCGAACCUUCAAAUGCUGCAGUUGAGAGUGAACCUGAGCCUUCAAUCAUUGCAGUUGAGAGUGAUGCUGAACCUUCAAACGUUCCACUGCAGAGUGAACCUGAGCCAUCGACCACUUUGGUCGAGCAUGAAAGUGAGCCUUCAAACACUCUGGUGGAGAAUGAAGCUGAGCCUACGAAGGUUGCUGCUGAGAGUGAAGCUGAGCCUAUGAAGGUUGCCGCAGAGAGUGAAGCUGAGCCUACGAAGGUUGCCGCUGAGAGUGAAGCUGAGCCUACUGAGAUUGCCACUGAGAGUGAAGCCGAGCCUCCAAUGUUUGCCACUGAGAGUGAAGCUGACUCUACAAAGAUUGCAGUUGAGAGUGAAGCUGAGCCUUCAAACUUCACAGUUGAGAGUAAAGCUGAGCCUUCAGAUGUUGCAAUUGGGAGUGAAGCUGAGCCUUCAAAGAUUGCCGUGGAGAGUGAAGCUGAACCUUCAGCUGAAGGUGUACUUUGUGUCGAACGCGAAGCUGGCAAUGUUGGAGAUGAAGAGACAAAACUAACUGAAGAACGAUCUAAUACUGAUGCUGUGGAUGUACAAAAUAUGGGAUCAGAGGUAGUGAAAAGGCCAUUUUACUAUUUGAUCAGGAUACCAAGAUACGAUGAUGAUGAAAAUAUAAAAGAACAGAUAAAGAUUGCUAUCCAACAAGUAGAAGAGAAGACUAGGAUUCGGGAUGAAAUUCGAUCCGAAAGCCAGAAUAAAAAGGCCACAUGUAAGGAGUACAAUCAAGAAUUUAGAGCUGCAAUAACAGCAGAGAGGGCUGCUCGGGACACACUCAAAUCCAAACGCCAAGAAAUGGAUUUGGUCCAAGCCACAAUGAACAGAUUAAACAAUGCAAUUUCUGUUGGGGAUAUAGAUGGCAAGAUAAGAAACAUGGAACACAUGAUUGAGCAUGAAACACUCCCUCUAAAAGAGGAAAAGCAAUUGAUACGUCAGAUCAAACAAUUGAAGCAGAAUCGGGAGGAGCUGUCUUCUAGUAUGGCAAAGCAGGAUCAAUCACAGAAAUCUCUAGACGACAAGGACAACAUUGAAGAGAGCUCAAAGAAAUUACAGCUUUUGAAGAAGGAAAUAGAAUUGCUUAGAAGUAAUGUUCAGAAGGCAGAGGCAGCAACCAAAGCUGCAAAGAAGAAAUACGAAGAUGAAUGCAACAUAUUGAAUGAGAUAUCAGCUCGGUUUAAGUUUGCUGAUGACGUUCGCCAAGAAGCAUAUGCAAAAUUACAGACUUUGAAGAAACAAUUCCAUUUGAAGAGCAAAUACUUUUGGGAAUACAAAAAUGCUUCGAAGAAAGGGCAGGACCUAGCCGCAGAAGGGAAGAAAGAGGAACUGCAAUGCUUCUGUAUGGAUCAGGUUGAGCGAAUGAUGGAGCUGUGGAACAAAAAUGAUGAGUUCAGAAGGGACUAUGUACGGUGCAACACCAGGAGUACACUAAGGAGAUUGCAAACCCUGGAUGGCCGAUCACUGGGUCCUGAUGAAGAGCCACCAGUAAUUCCGAGUUUCUUACCCGAAAGAGUAUCCAAAGAUAAUUCUUCAGUCUCGCAAUCAACUCUCGAUCAAGAAAAGAAACCAACACCAGCAGAAUCUGUUAAUAAAAAGGCUGAAUCAGCUCCAAAGGCAGUAGAACAAAAAACUGAAAAUAGUCAGACAACCAAAGCUAAAAAGGCUGCAAAAGCCACUCCUUUGGAGAAGUCAGUGGCUGCAAUUCCUCGAUGGGCAGAUGAGCCUGAAGAUAUACCUGAAGAAUCAGUGCGAACAAAGGAGGAAGAGGAGCAGAUCUUAAAGGCCGAAAUUGCAAGAAAGGAAGAGGAAGCAGCAAAGUUGAAGGAAAAGCGAAGGCUAGAGGAAAUUGAGAAAGCUAAGGAGGCAAUGCUUCGGAAACAGCGUAAUGCUGAGAAAGCCCAACAAAGGGCUGCCUUAAAGGCACAAAAAGAAGCCGAACAGAAAGAAAAGGAAAGGGAGAAGAGAUUAAGGAAGAAGGAAAGAAGAAAGGCUGCUGCCACUGAAACAGCAGAAAACACAGAACAAGAACCUGCUCCUAUCUCUGAGACUGUAACAAGGAGUACGGAAGAAUGUGUUCAGAGUGAAAAACCGGUUGAGGUAACAAGAAGAUCACAAUAUACAAGGCAGAGCAAGGCAAAAUCUAUGCCGCUCCCUCUUCGCAACAGGGGAAAGAGGCGAAUUCAGCCAUGGAUGUGGGCUGUGAUCGCUGUUCUGGCUGUUGUUGCCUUGUUUUUCUUGGGGAAUAACAGCUCUUUGAGAUCUUGGCUCCAAGGUUCUGCUUAUUGAGUAUGAUACAAAGUAUAAUCUACUUUUUAUUUUACUUUAUUUUUUUAAACUAAGCAUUACUAGACUACUAGGUGUUUGCCGGGGAUGUUACCCUUAUAUUUAUUACAUUUACACUUUACAUACAUACGUAUAGGAGCAAUUCUUUCGUGCGCUUACAUUUUUUUUUUAACUCCGGUUAGUUUUGAUUAUUUUCUUUAGACCGAGAUUUGUUUAUUUGCGGGUGAUGUGAUUUAUAUUGCUUAUUGCUUUGUUGCUGUGACCAAUAUGGAUAUGGUAAUAAAUUAUUAUGAUUGUGCUUUUUAUAUUCA